UAAAAAUUUAUUAAGAUUUUAUUAGAUUAGGGAAAUAAAAAUAAACAAAAUUAAAGUAGAGGGAAUAGGUAAUAAACUGCAUUCUAACUUUGGAAAUAUCCGGGUUUUUAAAACGUUCUCUUAGUACACUGAAGUGUCUCAUCGUGUUUGCAUUGGCAUGUGUAAGGUCGAUAUAUGUGCAUUAAUUAAUUACAAUUCAUUAAAUUUAUUCGUCAGUUUAAUCAAGUUUAAGCUAUUAACGUACGAAGUGUACGAAGUACAAAGUGUACCAGUAUUAUUUUAGAAUACGAAUUACCUAUAUGCUUUCAUAUUGUCACUAGUUCAAGAUUUGAAAAGCAGAAAAGAUAGGAUUCGAAAGACAAAACUCUCUUAUUAGUUUAAUUUUGUGACUGCUAAAGGCGGUGAAGCCAUGAGCAACAAGGAAACCACGGAAAUUAACGCUGACCUUCUGAAGGAGAGGAGGAAUUGUAGCUUUGAUGUGGAGGAACUCACAAACGUGAUAGACGGCGGGAAGGUACAAACGGAUAAGAGGCGAGAAAUAGAGAACUUAUUUCUCAAUAGUGGCCUUUCCUACGACGAUGUGCCAGAAGAAUACCUCAGUCCAAAGGACAGAUACGAGAAUGCUGUGAGAAAAUCUGCUAUACUCAGCAAAAUAGCUAUGGAUAUGCUAGAAAAGGUCACUGUGCUGGAGGAGUUUGGGUAAUGUUGUCAACGUGUCUUUGUCACCGGCAAUCUGUAUAAUUCAGGUAUUCUCCACAAUACCUAGGUAAUGUAUACAGUUCCUAGGGUUUGUAUAGUACCUGCUGGUCCACCGGCACUGUGUAAAAUAAACCGAUUUUGGCCUGUAUUUAUCCCCCAACCAAACAUAACCUCAUUCUCACCGAAUGAACUACAUACCAAUGGACAUUUGACCAACUCACAGUGGGUUAGAAUAAAUAAGUGUUGUGAUCUUAACUUAAUGCGAGCCGGGCGAGCAAAGCGAGUAUCCUGAUAGAUAAAUAAAACAAGGAAAAGUCGACGCGGUCUCCUUUUACACACAUUGCCGACUGCACAUUCGAAAUUGUUCAGAAUACCUAGGCAAAGUAUAAAAUGAAUAAUCUAUCUAUCUAUCUAUAUUUAUAAAACUCAAAGGUGACUGACUGACUGACAUAGUGAUCUAUCAACGCACAGCCCAAACCACUGAACGGAUAUGGCUGAAAUUUGGCAUGCAGGUAGAUGUUAUGACGUAGGCAUCCGCUAAGAAAGGAUUUUGAUCAAUUCUACCCCCAAGGGGAUAAAAUAGGGAAUGAAAGUUUGUAUGAAACUUUGUCAAUUUUAAACCGCUCGGGCUGAGACACACUGAGUAUAAUACAAGCCCGAGAACAAAAACUGUAGUCUACACUUCAGCUCUACACCGAAGCGAAGCGAGGGCGGGCCGCUAGUAUUUCACACAUUGCCUUGACGUUUUAGGCAUUAUCUACAUUGUCCAGGUAUAUUACAGAAUGCCGGAUUAUACAAAUUGUCAAUAACAUCAUUGAUUGCAUGUCGAUUUAUAGGAGAUGCAAGUGAGACAGAAGUUAAUAUUGCUAGUCAUAUCAAAAAAAAUAUAGAAUAAAUUCCUCAAAAUACAAACUUGAAUUGCGAAUAAAAAUUUUAGUUCAUCACACAAAUAUACACCACUACCGGGAUUCGAAUCUAGUAGAACCCCUCGGUGCAGUUGCACCAACCGAUUGUCAAAUUCACUUACAUUCGACAACCUAAUACACCUUCAUUAAUUUAAAUAUCAUCAUCAGCAACCUAUUAAUGUCCCCACUGCUGGGGCACAGGCCUUCCCUAUGAAUGGAAUAGGGACAUUGGGCCAUGAUCUACCACGCGAGCCCAAUGCGGUAGUUACCGCAGAUGCAGCCGGGACCAACGGCUUAACGUGCCUUCCAGAGCACGGAGGAGCUCGAGAUAGUUAAUAAAUUUUUGGUCACCCAUCCAAAGACCUACUAUUUCCUUCAUCACAAUAUUGAAUUAGACAGGUCUUUAGGUGUAGUUGUUUCACCAUUAAGAUAUCUUUGUGUUGUGGCCACAUUCACCUCUGAAGUCAUUUUUCAAUUUGACGACUCUGUAAAUAAUAAAACAGGGAGAAAAAAACAGCCCUUGCUGAGUUUCUUGCCGGUUCUUCUCAGUACAAGGUCUCCCGCCGUAGAUUUACGAACCGAUGGCGUAGCUUCUAGACAUUCAUAUGUGCUUGUAACAGCCUAAACUGAAUAAAUGAUUUUGAUUAUUAUGAUUCACAUUAUUUGCUACUAUAAUCUUUAUAUAUAUAAUUCUUCUGUGAGUGUGUAUGUCACUGAACUUCUCUUAAACGACUGGACCAAUUUUGAUGAAAUUUUUUGUGUGUGUUCAAGGGGAUCUGAGAAUGGUUUAGAUUCACAAUUUUGUCCGCUGGACAAUGUUUUUUUAAUUAAUUAUUAAUUUAUUAGUAGUUGUUGAUUUUGGAAUGUUUUACAUUGGAUCCGACAGACGGCGCUACCAUCGCAGUGUCAAAUCUUUAUAUAUAUAAUUCUUCUGUGAGUGUGUAUGUCACUGAACUUCUCUUGAACGACUGGACCGAUUUUGAUGAAAUUUUUUGUGUGUGUUCAAGGGGAUCUGAGAAUGGUAAUUUUCAUCAAAAUGGUCCAGAAUGUUUUAGCUUAUUAAAAAAAGUUUGAAAUUUUCAAAUUAAAGACGUGUAGACAGGACAACGUCUGUCGGGUCCGCUAGUAUACCUAUAAUAUUUUCCAUAUUUGAUCCUAUGGGUAUAAUACUAUUUAUGUAUGUUGCUAUAAAUUUAUUCACGUAUAUAACCUUGCAUCUCAUUUUCAUGUAUUCACUAAUUUUAACAACUACUUCAACUAUCCAUUUCUGUUAUUUCCAAAUAAUAAUUAACAAAUUUUAGCUGCAUUUCUUUCGCGAAUUCGAUUGUGUCUCGGAAAUUUACAUUCAAUAUGAUUACUCACUCGAUUUGAAUAUUCUUGAAAGUCAAUUACGACAAAGCGCUGUCCUUCUAUGCCUAAUUUAAAUAUGAUUCCUACAUAGGGUCAAUAUGGGCAAAGUUGACUGUUAUGUCAAUUCUUAGAAUUGGCAAAACAAAAGUAAAUAAUGGUUUAAUACCUUCGCAGUUGUUAUGUCGAGGCCUAAUCUUAGAAUUAAAAUAUUUAUAUGUAUUUGAUAUUUGUUUUUUAGGUUUUCACGCACAUCACUCAUUAAAUAAAACUAGUUUUAACGGGUUCAUGCAUGAACUUUAUUUAUUUAUUGACGUUUCGCAUCCUUUUCAGGUCUGCAUCGUCAAAAUAAUGAUUUUUUUGGUAUAUACCACCAGCUUGGGAACCCAUUAUACAAGAGAUAAAAUUCCAACUCCGAGCACUCACUGCAAGACCAACAGAUACUAUUAGUUCUUUUUGUUUGCAUAAUUUAACAUAAGAAGGAGAUAGAAAGCCUCUCUGAGUUUGUUUCGCCGGUUCUUCUCAGAAAGGUCUCUCAAUUUUGGAACCGGUGGUAGUUUACGUUAGUUAGGGUCAAAUAAAUAAACUGAAAAUUACAAAAAACAAUUUAAUUUAAGUACUUUAUUAACUAAAUUAACUAAUAAAUUCAUACAUAGACAAUAAAGUCAAAAAUCUUCCAAUGAAAUAUCCGAACUCUCAAUAAAAGUCUUUCGAAGGUAGCUCGACAAAGUAAAUAAAAAAUCAUUAUUCUGACGAUGCAGACCUGAAAAGGCUGCGAAACCUCAAUAAAAAAAUAAAGUUCGUGCAUUAACCCGUUAAAACUUGUUUUAUUAUAUGUAUUUGAAACAAAAUCUGAAAGAAACUUAAAAAGGUCUAAUUUCUGGUAUGCGUUCACAAGUCAGUCUGGAUUCCUAAGAUCUAAAAUGAACUAUCAGCAUGUUGCAUACCCUAUGGUGGUCACUCACUAUCUUUCUGCUUGAUUUAAUGACUUGAUGAGCCGGCCUAUUCGCUAACUUUUUUGACAUUUACAGUGUGUAACUAAAGAGAAAAUUGCAUAUCCAUCGAUACUUUCCUGAAGAAGUAUCUUAAUUGCGUUAUAAUAAUGCAGUAGUAGAUCACUAAAUAGCUCGGUGAUUGUCACUUCCAUAUGUCAAAAGCACUUCGCGAAUAGGUCUACAGGACAGGCUUGAUCAAGCCAAACUGACAGUGUGUGGGGAGAAUUUUGGAAGGACAUGCCACUUGACGGAUGGAUUUUGGCUUGAUCAAGUUUAUUUGAUCUAGUCACUUGAUCAAGCGGUAUGAUGGUCAGUACCAUUACUCCAUCCAGGAUUCAGUCUCCGGUUCUCCGCCGUAUCGCAGACGCGUUCUUCAGGGAGGUCUCGCCGUUCCUACUACACUUGGGCAUGUUCGUACCCACCAUCAUUGGGCAGUGCACCGUUGAACAGAAAGCUUAUUGGCUACCACGAGCGCUGCGGAUGGAGAUCAUUGGUACUUAUGCACAGACGGAGCUGGGACACGGAACCUUCAUCCGGGGUCUGGAGACGACAGCCACCUACGACGAGAAUACCGAGGAGUUCGUGCUGCACAGCCCCACCCUGUCCUCCUACAAAUGGUGGGCUGGAGGAAUGGGAAAAACUGUCAACCACAGUAUAGUCGUCGCCCAGUUAUACACAAAGGGAGAAUGUCAUGGACCACAUACUUUCAUUGUCCAAAUACGAGAUCUGGAUUCUCAUAUGCCCUUGAAAGGCUUGAAAGUGGGCGACAUCGGACCAAGGCUGGGCUUCCAGACCGCUGACAACGGAUUUCUCGGCUUCGAUAAUUAUCGCAUACCGAGAGAAAAUUUGAUGAUGAAGAAUGCUGAAGUAUUAAAAGAUGGGACAUAUGUAAAAAUAGCUAGACAUGGAAAGCUUACAUACGGCACGAUGGUUUUCGUCAGGGUGAUGUUGGUAAGCGAAAUGGCCUUCAACUUGGCAAAGGCAGUGACCAUCGCCGUGAGAUACUCGGCUGUGCGAAGACAGUCCCAGCCGAAACCAAAUGAGCCGGAGCCGCAGGUGCUGGAGUAUCUGACGCAGCAGCACAAGCUGUUCAUCAGCAUUUCGACGGCGCACGCCUUCCAGCUCACAAGCGCCUGGCUGUGGACCACCUUCACUGCCGUUCUGGCUGAUAUGCGCGACGGCAACACUGACACCUUGCCAGAACUGCAUGCUUUGUCGAGCUGCCUCAAGGCGAUCUGCACGUCAGACUGCUCGGCUUUCAUCGAGCAGUGUAGAUUCGCUUGCGGAGGGCACGGCUACAUGAUCUCCUCAAACCUACCUUCCUUGUACGGGUUCACCACAGCAACAAGGACUUACGAAGGCGAUUAUACGGUGCUACUGUUGCAGACAGCGAGAUUUCUAGUUAAAAUGUGGGAACAAGUUGAACAGGGUAAUGCUGUGACACCAACUCUUGAGUACUUGACUCGUCAUCAGAACAAAGAGAUUUGGGACGAAAGUCCUGAAGGAAUUAUCAGAGCUUUUGAAUCAGUCUCUGCUGGAAAAGUCAAAGGAUGCGUUGCCAGCUUAAGGAAGCACAUGAAAGAUGGCUUAGAUUAUGAGGACGCGUGGCAGUUGACCACGGUGCAGCUGGUGGCAGCUGCAGAGGCUCAUUGCCGAGCGAUCUUGUCGCGCGUUUACUGGACGGAGACGGUGCGGGUCAGCGCUGGCUCCAGCUCUGAAGUACGAGCCGUGCUUCACCAGCUCGCCGCUCUGUACCUGCUGUACUGGGCCACAGAGAGGACUGGAGACUUGCUGAGGUUCACAACGAUUUCAGAAUCUGAUCUCGUGAAUCUUCAGGAGAGAUAUGAAGAACUGCUUAGGAAGAUAAGACCAAAUGCGGUUGGUCUUGUUGACGCGUUUGACCUUAGGGAUGAAACGCUUCGGUCAACUCUGGGUUCGUACGACGGUCGCGUGUACGAGCGACUGAUGGAGGAAGCCCUCAAGAGCCCCCUCAACCAGGAGCCCGUCAACCAGAGCUUCCACAAAUACAUCAAGCCUCUAAUGAAUAAGUUGUGAACAAGCUUGGAUUAAUUGUUACGAAGUUUGGUGUGCUGCUAAUAAACGUUUAAGACCCGUUGUGUCACUUUAUUUUAACCAUCUUCA